AUGUAUACAAGACAGCUUAUCGAGGCGACAGCUGCGCCCGAGGAGGAUCCUUGGGUGGUAGCCCAAACAAUCGGGACUUUCCUGGGUCUGUUUGCAAUUGGUCUUGCCGUGGCCGCCCUUUUGAUUGAGCGAGCGCGGCGCGUUCGCGAACACGACGAGCGGCGCUUUACGUCCACCCCAGCAGCCGUCGGUUGCUUCCACACCAAACAAGUGCAUUGGAUCCCUGCCCUUUUCGGUCGCCAAACUGCCGAGCUCAAGGUGCCGACCAUCUCGGGCCUUAUUGAGGAAGGCGAUCGGGCCAGGUGGACGAGCAGUUCUCUCGACCUCGCCUUUGAGAGCCAUUCGGACCAUACGUGGGUGACGCUAUACGAAUCUAUCCUGAGCUUCAUCGCCUCCCGCGCUCCUUCAGACCAGUGGCCAGAGGACUGGAGAGCCGACAAAUACGUUUGCCGCUUUCUCCGUCGAGUCGGCUCUGCUGAGCACGAUAACCAUGUCAUAAAGCCGGAGUCGUUCGCUCGAUACCUAGACGCGCACGAGACGAAGAAGUUGGUGUCUACAUGUCGGGAACUUCAAAAACCGCCGCGCCCGCGGCAACAAGACCAGUUACCGAAUGCCACUGUCGCCAGGAGUAAAAAAAGAAAAACCAAAACGGGCCUCUGCCGACUCACAUCGACCUGGAUCGUCCGCGGCCGGGCGUGCAUACGAGUGACACGAGAAGAGCUCGCUGCGCUGGCCAUAAUUACUGGCAUGGUCUUUACGCGUCAAGACCGAUCUCUUUAUCUGUCUGGCUUUGGCGGCUUUGGUCUUUCGCUUGACGUCAGCCAUGCCGAGGCGUCGUGGUCGGCGGCGCUGGUUCAGGGGCCGCGGCUGCCGCGGCACGCACCUUCGCUGGGUGCCGGCUACACGACUCUGAUGGCCAAGCACUUAGCGUGCGGCAGCAUCCCGUUCGCGCAGAACAGGGACUGGGUUAUCUCUGUAUACGUCACCGACGAGGUCCUCACGGCUAUCCAGGAGGGAGGCAAUAUAAUCGACAAGCGUGCGUUCGGCGGCGACUCUCUCGAGUUCCUCCGCCGACUCCCCGGCGAUAAGCUCAUUGAUGCCUUGUACGGAGUAUACGGAGGCGCAGACGUGCAAAAGUCUCCCGGCCCGAGCUUCGGGGCAAUCCUCCAUGCCGACCGCGAAACGGAGCUCGGUAAGUGGCCGCACGCCGUCGCGCAGAUCGCGUUCGGCGGCCUUGUGCCACAAGCGAAUCCCAAUGUCGUCGAGGCC